AUUGGUCGAGCGGGCAAUGGUUUUGUGUUGCGGAAGUCCAGCACAGGGCGUGGUAAUUGCAAUAAUUAUAAUUAUAAUAAUUAUUGCAUUGUCUGCAGCUCCUGGUACCGCCUGACCGGAGCUCGAUCAGAGUUCCCCUGGUUGAUAAUGGCAGGAGAGACGGCGGCGAGGCUCCGGAUUCUCGGGUACCCUGGCUCGCUGGGUGAGCCCUCGGCUCUUGACGCGGCGCUGGAUGCGGGUGCGAGGAGUGUGGAGUUUACUGGCCUAUGCAGCUGGUUGGUUUCACAGCUGAAGAGUGUGUGUCCCUCCAUUGAGGAGAGCAUUAGCCCAACACAGGGUCCGGAGGAGGCGGACAGCUUUCAGCUGGAGGCGAGCGGAGUGGUCAGCGAGCUGCACUGCCCCUACACAGCCCUGACCACUGGAGAAGUGACCACACGACUGACCAGCAGGGACAACUGUCUCAACCUGCUGCGGUUCCUAAUGUCAGAGCUGCAGGCGGCGCGUGUCCUGAAGGUGGCAGACCCCCCCCCAGUGGAGACGGACAGAAGAGGAGACGGAGGGAGGGCCAGAGGGGAGAUUCAACUCAUCUGUCAGGCCCUGGAGAUCGAACCCAAGUCCCUCCACAACCCAGCCCUGCUCACUGAGGUUCAGAACAUGGUGUCCCUGCGUCUCCACGCUCUCCCUGACAGUGGGGUGAUGAACCCUCUUCUGAAGAGGCAGCUGAACUCUGAGCUCUGGGGUCGGCUGGCUGCAGUGAGCCAGGCUCUCCGGGUGGAGUACGAGUGCCGCAUGCGCAUGCUGAUCAAACGCUUCCAGGUCACCGUGCAGUCCUUCCACUGGGGAGAGCGGGGCGAGUCCCGCAGUUCCUCCAUGUCCUCAGUGAUCUUCCCUCUCGAAGCUGCCCUCUUGCCCGUCUCCCUGGUGUCUCUGUCCCACCUGCUAGCUGCUCGCGAGGACACGUCCCGCAUUGUGAAGACAAGCAGCGGGUCGUCCCGACUGGGGACAAGCUGCGCCGUCAACAAGAUUCUGAUGGGCAGUGUUCCUGAUCGGGGGGGCCGCCCCGGGGAGAUAGAGCCCCCCAUGCCAUCCUGGGAGAGGCGCAGAGGAGGGGGGCGUCCGCAGCACCAGCAGAGGAGACUCCCAGGAAAGAAGAGGAAAGACAAGUAAAGGUGCAAUCCCUUUCCAGAACACCGGGUGGCAGCAGAGUCUCAUCCACAGUAAUUCAGUAAUGGGAGGCUGUGUCUCACAAAGUUAUAUAUAGAUCGUUAAUUUUCCCUCGUUUCAUUAUACAAUUUGGUACAAAAAUGAAUGAAAAACUGUAGAAUGUAUUUUUAUUGUAAUAAAUUUCUGCAGUGUGUUUGGAGCGAGUUUCAGUCAGUAAUUUGUCAAGCUACAGAUUCGUUUAGUUUAGGGUGGAGGAACCUGGGCUUCUCGCAUGUUUAAUAAACUUUAUGAUUUUUUUUUAUUUUUAUUUUUUCGUGGCUAUGCAGUCACGUUACGUUUUUAAGUACAUUUAGGGUUACCAGAUUUCCAGAGUGGGGGGAGAAAGUCGAGAGACUGAGCGCGAGUCUGAGGGGAGUUCAGAGAGUCGCCGUGAAAGAAAAUAAGUAAAGCCAGGUGUUAUUAAAUCUGAGUUAUUUCUAGAAUGUCUAAUUUUAUGUAAAGUUAUAUAUUUUAUAUAUGUUAUACAGCGUUAUAUGGAAGUAGAGGAGUAGUUUAGGACAGUAUAGGGACGUCUUUUGUGGU